GCUGUUGAUGAGCUCGCAGCGCGCAGGAGCACACGCAGCACCACGCAACUUUUUCACCAUUUUUCCCGCGAGUUGUCCAUCAAUUCCCGGGAAACUGCAGUCAGUAGUUGUUUUUUUUUGUUUGUUUAUUUUUUUUCCUAAACUUUUUCCCGCUUUUUCAACUUUUUUUUUUCCCGCGAAAGAGAAUGUAUAGCAUGAUGGAGACCGAGCUCAAGUCCCCUCUCCCGCCGCAGCCCAACUCGGGCCCCGGGGGCCCGGGCUCCAAGGGGGGCGGCGGCGGUGGCGUGAGCGACCAGGAGCGCGUCAAGCGGCCCAUGAACGCCUUCAUGGUGUGGUCUCGCGGCCAGCGGCGCAAGAUGGCGCAGGAGAACCCCAAGAUGCACAACUCUGAGAUCAGCAAGCGGCUGGGCGCCGACUGGAAGCUGCUGACGGACGCCGAGAAGCGGCCCUUCAUCGACGAGGCCAAGCGGCUGCGCGCCAUGCACAUGAAGGAGCACCCGGACUACAAGUACCGCCCGCGCCGGAAGACCAAAACCUUGCUGAAGAAGGACAAGUACUCCCUGCCGGGCGGGCUGCUGGCCCCCGGCGGCACUGCGGGGCCCAACCCGGUGCAGGUGGGCCAGAGGAUGGACAGCUACGCGCACAUGAACGGCUGGAGCAACUACUCGCUGAUGCAGGAGCAGCUGGCCUACCCGCAGCAUCACGGCAUGAGUGGCCCCCAGAUCCAGCAGAUGCACCGCUACGAGAUGGCCGGGCUCCAGUACCCCAUGAUGUCCACGGCGCAGACCUACAUGAACGCGGCCUCCACCUACAGCAUGUCCCCGGCGGCGUACACGCAGCAGGCCGUCGUCAGCGCCGCGGGCGGUGGAAGCGCAGGAGCGGGUGGUGGCGGCGGCGGCUCCAUUAUGGGCCUGGGCUCCAUGUGCAAAACCGAGCCCAGCUCUCCGCCCCCUGCCAUCACGUCGCACUGCCAGCGGGCCAGCCUGGGGGACCUGAGGGACAUGAUCAGCAUGUACCUGCCCCCCGGCGGGGACAGCGCGGAGCACUCGGCCCUGCAGGGGAGUCGGUUACACAGCGUGCACCCGCACUACCAGAGCGCGGGGACGGGCGUCAACGGGACCCUACCUCUCACCCACAUCUAAAAAAAAGAAAAGACUUAAAAAAAAAAAAAAAGGAAAAAAAAGUACUUGGAUACUUGAACUUGGUUGCUGUAAAGAAUUCCCACAAUAUCGCAAUAUUCCUUUCUCCUUGUUCGGAACUGAAGACUGAAGUUCGAGUCCGGCAAUGUAUAAAAAAAAGAAAAAAGUAAGUUGUGUUAUUGUGAUGAGUUGAAGCAAUCAAAUUGGACUCCUACUUAUUAAAUAUUGCCAUGUUUUCCUCUGUGUGAAAAGGGCAAGAGGCUGUUUAUUUCACAAUUCACGUUUACACCUCAUUUGUGUAAAGGGCGAAGGGUAAAAUUGGGCCAAAUAUUGCCAUGUUUUCCUCUGUGUGAAAAGGGCAAAAGGCUGUUUAUUUCACAAUUUGCGUUUACACUUCAUUUGUGUAAAUGCGAAGGGAAAAAAUUGGGCAAAAUAUUGCCAUGUUUUCCUCUGUGUGAAAAGGGCAAAAUGCUGUUUAUUUCGCAAUUCACGUUUACACUUCAUUUGUGUAAAGGGAAGGGUAGAAUUGGGCAAAAUAUUGCCAUGUUUUCCUCUGUUGUGAAAAGGGCAGGAGGCCUCAUGAAGAGGCUGUUUUAUUUCCGAAAAAAACACAAUUCAUGUUUACACUUCAUUUGUGUAAAGGCGAUGGGUAAAAAAAUUGGACUUCUACAAAAUAAGUAUUGCCAUGUUUUCCUUUGUGUGAAAGGGGCAAGAGGCCUCAUGAAGAGGCUGUUCUAUUUCAGAAAAAAAACACACAAUUCAUGUUUACACUUCAUUUCUGUAAAGGUGAAGGGUAAAAUUUGACUUCUACAUAUAAAGUAAUGCCCUGUUUUCCUCUGUGUGAAAAGGGCAAGUGCAGGCCUCGUGAAGUGGCUUGUUUAUUUCACAAUUCAUGUUUACACUUCAUUUGUAGAAACUUGUAGACCCUCUUUCCUCCUCCCGUCGCCCUUUCUUGUCUCUUCUAGCUCCACAUGACGUGUUAAGACUGUGCGGGUCGCAAACGCAAGUUUUAUUUAUAGUUUCCCUUCCUUUCUUCAUAGCUUGAGAUCCCUUUUUUUUUUUGUCAAGAGGAGGGGAAGAAAACAUUUUUGUUUUGUACAAUUCUGUGCUGUUUUUAAUGUCGUCGUCAUUGUUUCGCCAGUGUCGCGUUUACCCGUUCCUCUUCUGGGCUGGAAAGAAAAAAAAGGUUUUAUUUAAAACUGACCAUAUUUUAAGACCAUCCUCUAUUCUUAAAUGCUGAAUAAAUUUGUAAGAAAGUAUGAA